GAAAGCCCUGGAGUCCGGGGCAACACUCGUCGUGAAUCUGCGUCAGGCACUGAUGCUGAUAGACGCGCUUUACCAGAAAUGGAUCACCGAGCGACAAGGACGUGAGUUUUGGACCCUGCAGUCUUGGCAGGAGUGCCAUCUCUUAGGCUAG